AUGGCAAAUCCGAUACGUGCUCACCGCUGCCUCUCUGACUUCAAACUUAUCGGCGUGAGAGUCGGAGAGCUAGACAUAGACGCCACCACGGCUUGUGCUAAGCUAGACAACUGCAGUGAUGAGAUACAGGAUUUGCGCGUUGAAGAAGCCAUACCCCAUCCUGAACACCGUGGCAGGCCUAAUGUCAGAGACGACAUUGCGCUCCUAAGGCUCAGAAAACCUGUAAACUUAUCUCAAAGAAAUACCGACGCAGUUUGUCUGCCAGUGUCCAGACGUCAGCAGAAUCUGGAUCUUGGAAGACAGGUCGCUACGCUUGCCGGGUGGGGCUCCACGGAGCAGGGCUCCACUUCUUCUAUACUGCGCACCGUCGCUAUUCCUAUACACACCGUCGAGAACUGCCGGCAGCUGUAUAACAGAGACAGGAAACCAAGUGAAGAAGAUGAGACAAUCAACAAACUCUGCGCCGGGCAGAAAGGCAUGGGAUCCUGCGAAGGGGAUUCUGGAGGGCCCUUGGUGCUUAGGGAUCCAGCAGGCCACUUCGUGCAGUAUGGCGUGGAUUCUUAUGGACCUACGCUCUGCGGCGCUGACUUUCCCACCGCUUACACCGAUGUUACCAAGUAUAUAAAGUGGAUCCUUGAUACUAUUAGACCUUGAAACCUGU